GGUCAGAAAGAGGCGCCGCCGCUGAGUUUCUUUGCUGGGCGUAAACACUGGCAUAAAGUCCAGAUUGUUUGUUGAUUUUGCAAUUUAAGUGGUAAUGUAGUUGGAGUUUUAAGUAAGAUGUUGGAUUUGCUUGUACGUUAUGAGGUCGAGCUAUUCGAAAAUAUUAACACAUCACUUAUUAGGACCUGGUUGUAGCUUAGUUUUCGCGGUGCAGAUUCCCGCUGUUCUUCGCGACCCUAAACAAGAAUGGAAAUUGAGGACGCCCUCUCAAGUCCUGAGGAGGAGAGUGAAGCACCCGAGCUUACUCCAAAACCUAGGAGUCUGAAGAGUCUCACCAAAAUUGCUGUAAGAUUUGUGGAACUAAUGCAUAAUUCUGAAGGUGGACGACUUGACCUCAAAGAAGCAGUGAAAGUAUUGGCUGUCACUCAAAAAAGGCGAAUCUAUGACAUCACAAAUGUGUUGGAAGGCAUUGGUUUGAUUGAGAAAAUAACUAAAAAUAUUGUGCAGUGGAAGGGAGUACUUCCAGGAGGCAGUGCUGUUAACAUAAGCCGACGGCACAUGCUUUUAAAGUGUGAAUUAAAAGAAUUGAAGGAGAGAGAAGAGAUGCUUGAUCUACAACUUCGCUGGGUUCGGCAGAGCAUCGAGUACAUAUACGAAGACCGCAAAGUUUUAUCCUAUGUUAGUCAUGAGGAUAUCUGCAACUCCUUCAGUGGCCAUACAAUACUAGCUCUACAAGCACCUUCUGGAACACAACUAGAUGUUCCCAUUCCCAAAGCGGUCAGAGAUGGUCCAACAACAUACCAGAUUCAUCUGAAAAGCACCCAUGGGCCAAUAGAUGUUGUACUUCUUAAUAAACGCUCUGACAACUCAGAAGCUGUGAUGUUACCAGUUCCACCAUCCAAGGAAAUCCUACAUCGUGCUCAGUUAGCUUUGGGUAAUUUAACAGAGAAGCAAAUCCAGUCAUUAGCUUGUCAACCUUCAGAAAAUCCCAGUCAAAGAAAUGUACGGACGCUUCAGACACUAUUUCAGGAGCUAGAGUCUAACAAAACUGGCAUGUCUGGAUUUCACUGUUUGUCAAGAAAUAUCAGAGAUCUUCUUGACCCAUCUAAAGAUAUUAACACAGAAAACAAUGCAGGUAAAGCCAGUCAGUUUGUGGCUACUGAGGUUAUUCCCUUGUCACCACCCCCAGUCAAUGAAUACCGCUGUAAUCUGGAUGAAAGUGAAGGCCUCUGUGACCUAUUUGAUGUUCCAAUGUUUUGAGAAUACUGACACUUAAUAUGGUUUUAUCCUGUGUGUAAUUGGUAUUUUAUAUGCCAUGUUUUAAGAUAUUUCAUUCUGACAUAAAUAAACUAAUGUUAAUUAAAUAA